AUGUCAAGAAGAGAAGAAAUUGAAAAAGCAAUUAAUGAGCUUAUUGGACAACCAAAAGAAUUUGGAGAGGAAGAAAUUGAUAAAGCAAAGAUUGAAAAUGAUGAAGAGCUCAAAAUGAAGGAUUCAUUCACAGUUGGUAAGAUUAAAGCAGCACAAGGAAUUGAAGAGGAUAAAAAUUGGGAAGGGAAGAUCGUUAAUAAAGAAGAUGUGUUCAAUAAUUUUUCUAAAUCAAAUGAAGAAAGUGAAGAAGAUAAUUCAAUGAGUGAAGAAGAUGCAGAAAAUUCAGAAGAAAAUAAAGAAAGUAAUGAAGAAGAUAAUUCAAUGAGUGAAGAAGAUGAAGAAGAAAGUAAUGAAAAUAAAGAAAGUAAUGAAGAAGGUGAAGAAGAUGAAGCUGAUAAAUUAAUUCAACAAACAUUAAAUGUUGAAACUAUACAAAAGAAAACAAAUGAUGUUGAAAAAGAAGAUGUUUCUAAUCAAAUUAAAUUAUUUGAUACAGCAUUAGACAUUAGAGUUAAGAUGCAAGGAAUUCUUGGAGAUGUAAAUAGUUUACCAUUAAGUGAAGAUAUUAAAAUGUUAAGAGAAAAUAAUGAAAGAUUUAAGGAAGAAUUAGAAAGUUUAAAUAGUUCAUUUAAAAACCUUUUCCAUAGAACAACAGAGUUAUGUGAAACAAUAGAUAAACAAUGGGGAGUUCAAUGGGAAUAUAAAUCAACAGAUAAUGAUGAAGAGAAAUUAAUGAAAGUGAAUAAAAAGAAAGAUGAACAACGACUUAGUAUCAUGGAAAAAUGGCAUUCAAAAACAACAAUGAUGAAUAUAUCAAAAUUCUCUACAAAUCAAAAUGGUAUUGUUCAACAAGUUAAUGCUAUUCUAAAAGAUCAAGAAAGGUUGUUUAGAAGAAGUCAACAAUUAAGAGGAACUAAAAUUUAUUUGAAUGAAGACCUUAUUUCUUCUUCAGAAGUAUUUGAUGAUGGAGAUUUUUAUCAACAACUUAUUAAAGAUGCAGUUGAUUAUGGUAUAACUGGAAAAGGUCAACCUAUGAUGAAUAACACAAAAAAACAAAUACAAAAGAAAAAGAAAAGAGUUAACACAGACAUCGUAUUUCCUAAAUUAGAAAAUUUUAAAUGUCCUGUAGAAUAUAAUGAAAAAUUAAUGGAAGUUGAUCGAAGUAUUUUUAUUAAGAAUUUAUUCAAAUAA